AUGUCUCGCAGAUAUUCACCAUGUGAAUCAAGAUGUAGCAGGAGUUAUUCUUCCUGUAGUGACAGUAGUGAAGAAAGAGAAUAUAGCCGACACAAACGUUUUGACAAGUUUUCCAAUGAGCGGGAAAAGUAUGACACGUUGAGUUCAAGUCGCAAAAGACAAAAUUCAUCCACAUCUUCAGACUAUAGUUCUAGUGGGGAACCAAUGUCUAAGAGAACAAACACAGAUCAAAGCCCUCAUAAUGUUAACUCACCUGGAGUAAAACUGAGGCUCGAGACAGACUUCCCGUGUCAAAUUUCUCUCAAAGUGAACAGUGCCAGCUCUAGCCAGAGUGAUGCCUCAAAGGUCUUGCUCAAACCAGACCAUCAAUCAAAGACACAGAGAAGAAAUCGCAACAAGAGACAAUUACGUAAAAAGGGAGAGCACUAUGAAGAUAGACAAGAUACUUUGAGACAUCAGCAUAACACAGUGUACCCCAGAGAGAACGAAAGAGUUAACAUGUGCGAUGAUCUACCUAAGUAUGAGUCUAGAUACAGCCGAGAGUUUAGCAGAGAUAUUAUGUCUAACCAAUUACUCAAACAUGAAUCUAGAUACAGCAGAGAGUAUGGCAGAGAUAACACAACUGGUCAUAUGCCCAGGAAUGAGUCUCAUUUUAGCAGACAGAAUAGCAGAGACUUGUCUGAUCCUAUCCCCAAACAUGAGUCUAGCUACGGCAGAGAGUAUAGCAGAAAUCAGUAUGAUUAUCUACCCAAGCAUAAGUCUGGUUACAACCAAGUUAAUUUCCUGCAGGACAACCAAGAGAAAACUAAAGGUAAAAAAUCUGGCAAAAAUCGAGAGAAGAAAGGAUUCACCAAGUAUGAAGAAGACAUGUAUCACAGGUAUGACUCUAGUCGAGAGAACAAUAGAGUAAAAGUCAGUGCCUUUAGAUCUAGUUCAGAAAGUGACCAAUCAGAACAUGACAAAUGUUAUCGUAGAAAAGACUACAAAUAGUUAGUUAGUAUUUAUUCUUUCUAUCUAGAAUUUGUAUUG